AGCUCUCUUUCUUGUUCCAGCCACACAAGAGGUAAGAUACAUUUCCGCGCACCGAGGCAAAAUGGCGUACUCCACGUAGGCCGGUCAUAUACAUUGGCGAUCCUGCCAGGAGCAGGAAUUCCCUGCAGCACGGCUAUUUGUGUUAUUAUUUUAGCGUGGUGUUAAAACGAAAAACGUAAAUAUACAGUCGAAUUUCACUCGUUGCACUAAGCUCUUAGCCCAAUUUGUGAAAGACUUUCACUCGUUGGGCUGAACUGUCAAAGUCGAAAAUCGAUCGAGGGUCACACCGAUUGUUUGUUGUUAUGGGAAACGCAGAAAAGUUUUCACACCACUGACGUUUAUUUCAUUCGUGGUUGAGUUUCGUUCUAGGUUGGAUUAAUUGGCUCAAAAUGGAUGGUUUGCAAGGAUCCAGUACGAACGUUAACCGGAAACGGAGGAGCAAUUUCCUGACGCUGGUGGAGAAGGUUCGCAUAAUUGAAGAUUUUGAAGCAGGAGGUGGUACGCAUGACUUUCUUGGGAAGAAGUACGGCGUAGGAUCUUCUACGGUCACGAGAAUAAUCCAAAAGAAAGAAGCAAUUCGUGAGGCGGUGGACAAGUUCAAGGAAUAUGGUGUAAAUAAUCGAAAAACAUUGAAAGAGCAGACGUUCCCUUUGCUGGAAGAAGCUCUUUACAUCUGGAUUUUACAGCAGCGGCAGUUCAACAUUUUGUUGACAGUGGAUAUUCUUAAAGCAAAGGCGGAGCUGCUGUUUAUGAUUUUCCAGGACCGGGGGCUCUAUGCGGUGCACGGUUUUUCUGCUUCGGAUGGCUGGAUGCAUCGUUUUAAGCAGCGGUUUGGAUUGCGCGUGAAAGCCGUAACAGGAGAAAAGGCAUCGGUAAACGUUGAAGCGUACUUAAAUUUCAAGAAGGUUCUACAGAAGAAGAUUCAGGAAAUGCAGCUAUCACUAUCCCAAGUCUUUAAUGCAGAUGAAUCUGCCUUGUUCAUCAAGCUCCUAGCCACACGCUCUGUCGUUACCUGUGAUGAGACCGUGGCAAGCGGACGGAAGCAAAACAAGACAAGGUAUACGUUUAUGCCUUGCUCCAACAUAGAUGGUUCCCUAAAAUAUAAUUAUUCCAAAAAGGCUUGGAUGACCAGACUGUUGUUCCGUCAAUGGUUCCACGAAGAGUUUGUCCCCGCUGUUCGAAAAUUUUCGGCCGAGAGAGGAUUGGAGCCAAAGGCAUUGCUGGUUCUUGAUAAUUGCACCAGUCAUUAUGACGUUGACGAAUCUCUACAGAGUGACGAUGGACUGAUUCAAGUGAUCUACCUCCCACCAAAUGUAACUGCUGAAUGCCAGCCGAUGGACCAAGCGGUCAUCAAUGCAAUCAAGCGAAAGUAUAAAAGAAAACUGAUGCUCGCAUUAAUUCUGGAAAACGAACACUUAAGUUUCGGAGAACGAUUGAAGAAGAUUAAUCUUCAACAGUGUAUUUCGUGGUUGGCAACCUCUUGGGAGGAGAUAUCUGACAAAACUAUACGUAAUUCGUGGAAGAAAUUGAUCGAUGGUUUGCCGGAGGAUGCUGUUAAUGUAGACUCGAAAGCGGCCGAUGAUGACUUCAAAGCGCUUGUGUCCAGGAUUGACAGUUUGGCAGGAACAAAAACAUCUGAGCAAGAUAUUGAUCUGUGGAUCAAAGAUCAGGUGUAUGAUGCUGAUCAUAAUCCAGAUUGGGUAACCAGUGAAGUGUUCUCUGAUGACGAGAUUUUGUCAUCAGUUCUCAAGAAAGAUCAACCUGAAAUGCAAGAAGAAUGGUUGGUAGACACAGAAGAUGGAAGUAAUUCGUUUGAUACUUCCAUUACUAGUACCGGAGAUCCUGAUUUUGGCGAUGCAAUCAAGUCAAUUGAUUGCCUAGUUCGCUAUAUGAAGCAUGAUGUUGCAGAAGUAUGCCGUUUGAACGCGCUACGUUCGAAAAUCACUGAAGUUGAAUGGCUAAAACGAGCAUGUUGAAGAUCUCUACCAUUUUGUUGAAAAUGAAUUU